AUGGCAAAUUUAAGGCAUAUAUUUAAUAAAAAAUACAAUAAUAAUCAUAGUAUAAAGUUACAAAAAAUAAAUAGAAAUAAUAAGCUUCACUACGGAGACUGGGGUAUAAUAUCUUGUGAAGAAGGUGUUGUUACACCUAAUCAAAUAGAGACUGUUAGGUGCCUAUUGUCUAAAAGUAUAAAACAUAUAGGUAAAAUGUGGACUAAAAUACUUCCAGAUAAGCUUGUAACACGUAGACCUAAGGACUCAAGAAUGGGUUCAGGUAAAGGUAAGCCACAUGUGUGGGUUUUUGUGGUUAGGCCUGGAGAUAUACUUUUUGAAGCUACACAAAUACCUUUAUAUAGCCUUAUAAAAACUUUUAAGUUAUUGAGGCAUAAACUUCCCAUAAAAACUAAAUUAAUAUAUAAAAAUGGUAUCUACAGUAAUUAA